UUUUAAAGUGGGAAACAUCCCAAUUUUUAAGUACUUGAAAUUAAAAUUUGUAAAGAAUCGUUUUUUUUUUUUUUUAAUCUAUUUUUUAGAUGUAAAAACACCGAGGGUCAAACAAGGUACUUCUGUGGAUUUGGCCUGUAGGCUACCAAUUUUCUACCUAGGCUACUGGUUGUUAGGGAUGCUAUGACAAUGACCCUUACUGUGUAACUUAGGCAAAUCACUUUACCUCCCUGAACUUCAAUUAACUCAUCUGUAAAAUGGACCAACCUUUAUGUAGAUCAAAAGAGAUCAACUAACUUAUAGACAACAGAUGGUGGUUGGUUACCAGGGGGAAGGCCGGCGGAGGGGAAAAGGGGGAAAGGGAGUCAAAUACACCGUUAUCCUUGGAGACUAGACUUUGGGUGGUGAGCACACGAUAAAGUAUAUAGAUGUUAUACUAUAAAGUUGUACACCUGAGAUUUAUGUAAUGUUAUUAACCAGUGUUACCCUAAUAAAUUUAAUUUUAAAAGAGAUCAGGUGUGUAAAACGCUUAGCAUAACGCUGGCGCAUAGUAGGCACACUACACAAGCAGCGGUAGCUUGGAGGGCUGUUGAUUUGGGAAAUGUGUUUUCAAGGCGCAAGAUAUUUCAGAGACCAAGAGACCAGAGAGGCGACGCCAUGAAAGAAGUAAAAAAGACAGGAAAGAAGGAAAAAGAGGGAAGGGAAGAGGUGAGGAGGCAACAGGGUCCGCCUUCCAGGCGGGGCGCCAGCGAGAGGCCCAGGCCUGGGCGGGAGCGCACGCUUGGCCUUAGCAGAGACCUCCAAGCCCGCCACAGGAGACGAGCCUUGAAGGACACCAAGAUGCCUGGCGAACAGCAGACAGAGGAGGAGGAGGAGGAGGAGAUGCAAGAGGAGAUGGUGCUGCUGGUGAAGAGUGAGGAGGAUGAGGGUGAGGAGAAGUAUGAGGUGGUGAAACUCAAGAUCCCCAUGGACAACAAGGAGGUACCGAGCGAGCCGCCAGCGCCGCCUGCAGACCCGGCGCGCCCACACACGUGCCCGGACUGCGGACGCGCCUUUGCGCGCCGCUCCACGCUGGCCAAGCACGCGCGCACGCACACGGGUGAGCGGCCCUUUGCGUGCACCGAGUGCGGCCGGCGCUUCUCGCAGAAGUCGGCGCUGACCAAACACGGCCGCACGCACACCGGCGAGCGGCCCUACGAGUGCCCCGAGUGUGACAAGCGCUUCUCGGCCGCCUCGAACCUGCGGCAGCACCGGCGGCGCCACACUGGCGAGAAGCCGUACGCAUGCGCGCACUGCGGCCGCCGAUUCGCGCAAAGCUCCAACUACGCACAGCACCUGCGCGUGCACACGGGCGAGAAGCCGUACGCGUGCCCGGACUGCGGACGCGCCUUCGGCGGCAGUUCGUGCCUGGCGCGCCACCGGCGCACGCACACGGGCGAGCGGCCGUACGCAUGCGCCGACUGCGGCACGCGCUUCGCGCAGAGCUCGGCGCUGGCCAAGCACCGGCGCGUGCACACGGGCGAGAAACCGCACCGCUGCGCCGUAUGCGGCCGCCGCUUCGGUCACCGCUCCAACCUGGCGGAGCAUGCGCGCACGCACACGGGCGAGCGGCCCUACCCGUGCGCCGAAUGUGGCCGGCGUUUCCGCCUCAGUUCACACUUCAUCCGCCACCGUCGCGCGCACAUGCGGCGCCGUCUCUAUAUUUGCGCUGGCUGUGGCCGGGACUUCAAGCUACCUUCUGGUGCCACGGCCACCACUGCCACCGAACGCUGCCCAGAGUGCGAGGGUAGCUGAGCCGCGGUUCUUGCCGUGGGGUGCUAGCAUCCACAUGGGGCAGGGCUCGCUAGGGUGCUGCAUUAAUCCGGACGACUCCUCCCCACCCUCGCCUCCCUGGUGUGGGAUUGCAGGCGUGGCUGCCCUGGACCCGGGAGACAUGACAGAUCUCCUACCAGGGUCCCUGGAUACCGUGCCCACUUUCCCCUCACUACAAACCCUCUGCUCGUGUUAGUGAAUAAAAUAUUAUAUCCUCACCCCACCCGUGCCUGUGAAUGAGGUGAGUGGGGAGAGGAGGAAAGUUGGGGUUUUCCACAGGUUUAGGUGACUUCAGUGAAUUGUCGUGGAGACAGGUGGGGCUAUAAGCCCAAAAGCAUUACUAGAACUGGGUUUGUGUGUGAGGUCAUCCCACAUUCGGCCUUUGGUUAUGUCCUCAUAACCACAGAUCUGGAAGAGUCCAUAAAUAUAGCACGUUUGUGAUCAAACAGGCA